AUGAAGACCACAUGGCUCACUAUCCUGUGCUGGACUUACAUCCGGCUGUCCACAUCUUUCCCUGUCGAUGACAGGCCCGCAUUUACACCAUGGGAUCUGGCGAAAAGAGAGAUCGAAGCAGCUAUCUUCUCCAAUCCUCUGGGACCCCAAUUUGGAGUACCUGAUGAGACGUGUCGUGGCACGCUGGAGGGCCCCAACACCGGUAGUUGCUGGAAGAUGGCAGAUGUCACAGUUGAUAAAUUCAUCGCAAACCGAAAGCCCGAGGCCAACGAAUGCGAGGUGCCCUGCCUUUUCUACACCUCGAAACUCACGGGAGCGGCAGAAAGGCUGGCCAAUUUUGUUCUGAAGGAGGUACUUUUGACGGGGGCUGCGGAAGGACCGCGCAAGUACCAAACUAUCUGGGAGCUACAUCCGCCAAAGUUCUAUCCAAACAAGAAUGACCUGGACAAGACUCCCGAGGCCAAGUGCAUCUACCAGGACCAGAGGGAUCAGGACUACGACGCGAACUUCGAUGGUUGCCAACGGCUAUACUUCAAGUCAAUGUCGAAGGCCAUGGCAAUGGAGUGCAAAGGCGAGGUCUUCUUGAUGACCAAUUCAGAUCUGAGCGGUACUCGCCCCGAAGGAAAAAAAGAAAAAGUUCCAGUGGAUGGAAUUUGGUGGCAGGUUGAAUUUCCGACACUGAUCGAUGAUGCUCGACCCGCAGACAAGAAAAUCACAAAAGUCAAUCAGUUAUCUUCAAGUACCUUUUAA